CUCUGGUGCUUUGACUUCAUUGCAAAUGCGCUAUGAUGGCAGGAAGGUGCUCAAGAUAUGUGUUUCUUUGUAGCCAGGAGCCCAGCAGAAUCUGAAUAUCGUUCAGUGAACAAGAACAAACCCUUAGGCUAUUCGGCGGUCUUUUAGAGAAAGAUCAGAAUGGGUUCCUAUGCUAAUGGCAGCACCCGUGCAGAUGAUGAUCCUCCAUCAGUGGAGAAGCUGAAAGAACCGGCUAUUCCUCUUAAAACAAUGCCACUGCAUGCAAAUGCCUGGUUGAAUGACAUGAAGAUAUCCUCGCCUACUGCUAUCCGAGUGAACAUUGGUAACAAUGUUGCUUUUGAUCCCAUCUACCGAGCUUGGACUAAGAAGUAUCCUUCAGCUCUGAACGCAUUUGAAAAAAUUGUUGCCUACGGCAAAGGCAAGAAGAUAGCGCUGUUCUUGGAUUAUGAUGGAACCCUCUCGCCAAUUGUUGAUGAACCUGACCAUGCUGUCAUGUCUGAUCAGAUGCGGGAGGUGGUGAGGAGUGCUGCACUGCAUCUUCCCACUGCGAUUAUCAGUGGAAGGUCUUGUGAUAAGGUGUUUGAUUUUGUUAAACUCACCGACAUCAUUGGUCCAGUGGGAAAAACUGGUUCUAUCACUGACCAUAGAAGCAACACUAACUCCAGUAAGAAGCAGAACAAGGAGAUGAAGAUCUUUCAGGCUGCUAGCGAAUUCUUACCAAUGAUUGACGAGGUCUUUAGAUUGCUCGUUGACAAGGUCAGGGGAAUUGAUGGUGCGAAAGUUGAAAACAACAAAUUCUGCGUGUCGGUGCACUACCGCAAUGUCAAUGAGAAGGACUGGCCACUCGUUGCACGGUGCACAGACGACGUCCUGAAAGCCUACCCUCGCCUCCGACUGUGCCAUGGACGAAAGGUUUUAGAAGUUCGUCCAGUGAUAGACUGGAACAAGGGGAAGGCUGUGGAGUUCUUGCUGGACUCCCUAGGGCUAGCUGACUCUGACAAGGUGCUCCCUAUCUACAUCGGAGAUGACCGAACAGAUGAGGACGCGUUCAAGGUUUUACGGGAAGAUAAACGGGGCUUUGGAAUCUUGGUGUCAUCUGUACCAAAGGAAUCUCAUGCCUUGUACUCCCUGGUGGAUCCACCUGAGGUGAUGGACUUCCUGAAGAGACUAGUGAAAUGGAAGGAGGAAGAAGAAGAAACAUAAUGAAUAACAAUGAAGUAGUUGUUAAUAUCUGUUCAUGAUUUUAGGGUUAAUCUCUGACAAAGAGGAAUAGGGAACUCAACUGCACCUGAUGCCAAUUCUACAUUCUGUAGCCAAUCUCUUUAUUGUAGCCUGGUAAUACAUUACUGCAUUGUAUAUCGUCAUACGUCAUGUCAAAGAAUCCAAAGCAUUCUGUGCCAGUCAGUGAUAUGAACGACAACCAUCAAUUAGUUAAGCAUUAUGUUU